GUACUUAAGUUUUGAGUAAAUUUUCUAACACAACUGCCAUCAAAUAUAGUUCAUUUGUAAGACAAGCAACCCAGGUUAAGAUUUUCUACCAAUUAACAGUCAUAUUACAAGCCGGAAAUUCAGUGCAUGUUCAAAAUUAAUUUAUAAUCUGUGUAAAAUUAAAUAAAAAUAUGUCUUUCUUACAAAAUAUUUUUAAACGUUACAUCCCAACUGUAAAGGCUGAAGAUGAAGAAAUAGUUGAUCCUCAAAAACUACUUCGUGAAAAAUGUUCAAGACUACCUAAAUGUAGUGCUAUGCAAGAUAAAUUAAACACUUGUAACGACCGUGUUAAUUCAAGAAAACAAACUGAAGAAACUUGUAUGGAAGAAUUAAUUGAUUAUGUAGAAUGUGUAGAUCAUUGUGUAGCAAAAACGCUUUUCACUAAGCUUAAAUAAGGUUAUGAUUUUAUUAAAAAUGUGAUUUUUAUUAUAAAACAUGUUACAAAUUAAUUCAAUACAUUGUAGAUAAUAUGUAAUGUUAGGAAUAAAUGAUAAUAUAUCAAUAAAUAGUAAUUUUUAUCGAUA